AUGAAUCGACGAAGCUCCAAUGACGUCUUCAUUGUCAUCUUCAUCGUCACCCUCGUUCAAUUAUCUUCUCAAGUAUUGAAUGAAAACAACAGGAAACUUGAAUGGAUCGUUGGCAAAUGGAGAUCCGAGUUCUCCGGCAAGGUUUUCUGGCCAACAGUGCCUACAAUGACGUUCGGUGAAGAGUUGCUCAUUCAAGAAGCACCCAUCGCUAAAUCUGCCAAUGUUCAAUUCUUAAAUUUCUCUGCAAGGGCAUGGUCACACUCAACCAAGGAUCACUUCCACGACGAAUGGGGAUAUAUGACUGUUGACAACAACGGGAAUGCAACGUUAAUGACUGCUGGGAACAAUGGUUUUACAACUUACGAGGUUGGAAAGGUGGCGCACCACAAACUCGUUCUAACGCUCAAGGAUAUCGGGCGAAUUUCGUUUUCGCGCGAUUUGCCCGUCGAGGAUCUACGCCGAACUUUCAUACGACACGAUGACCGUUACAUGGAACAAGUGCUUGAGAUGCGGACGGCUACACAUCCGAAAUCUGGAUACCUGGAACAUACAAGAGUGAUUUACACUAGACAAAAAGAUGAAUGA